UCCCUUUUGGUUGGAGGCUUUGACAGACAUCUUCCUACUGGAAGCUUAGCGCGUCACGAUGAGGGCGGACAGUGGUGUGGUCCUGUGUCACGGGAGGCUGAGGGUGCCGCCUAAAAGCGUGCCGAGUUAUUGGAUACGUGUUGUUGCUAGGGGCGUGGGUUGUGCCGUGAAAUAUUCUAGUUAUCCCAAACCUGGAAGAAAUUAAACAUAGGAAGACAACAGCCUUAUCAGCUGGACGACAGACGCGUUGAGAGCUGCCUGAUUCAACCUGAGGGAAACUGUGCCGCAGUGAGCAUUAUCUGAUAAGCGAUCCUGUCCAUCCUGCACUCUCCAGGACAACACCAUGGAGAGGAAACAAGUACGCGAGGAUAGUUAAAGGAACAGUGCAGAGAAGCCGAGGUCACACUUCUCUGAACUUAUUCAGAUUUUCACACUGAACACCCCCUAUUUAUUUGCAUCAAACAGAGUCCGGAUGGGUGAUCCUCUACAGGGUAUGGCAGCUGCGCACUUGGGCAUCCCGUGAUGUGUCUAAAGAUGGAUUAGUGAGCGGCACAGUCUAAAUAUCCUGUCCUGACCGCUGUAGGCCAGCGAUUUGUCUGCGGAACUAAUCACAUUUCUAUACUUUGGGCUGGAGUGGCAACCUUAUACAAUGUGGAGGGAACUGUAUUCGUGAGCUCAUAGGUUAAACUGGCAAUGACAUCAGGCUUAACUUGAAUAGCUCGGUGCUGUAUUGCAGCAAGGUGGACCGGGGCGUGAGGUGGCAAAGAGCAAUGCGCGCAUCCUCAAAGCUAGACAUUUUGUGGUAGUGUUCUGUGUCCUAAACAAAUUCAAGGCAUAAGGCCAUACAUCCUGAUCCGGCGAACUGCGUCACUGCAUGCGAGUGUUGCAGGUAGGCUAUAGGCAAAUCCCACCACCGGGAGAGGAGCAUGCUCAUCAUUCUUCCUGCACAAUGUCGCCGGUAAGUGCUUAACAUUUUACCUGGGAUGGAUUCGGCGGAUCAUUCAAGCAAAGAUCCGCCACUGGGAUCCACAUUUUCCUCAGCACCCAAUUUAGACUCGGACAUUAAUGCAAAUGCCCGUAGGCCUAUUUAUCAGAAUGGGACAGACCACAAUGUCAACAUCCAAAACGCAGCCCUGCGAGGAGCAAGUGACCCCAGCGCAUACCCGUACACAGACUACCGGGCGCUGGUCCGCCAGAGGUUCAUUCGGCGGAGUUUGUGGGUGUCAGACAGCGAGGAGCAUCAGCCGGUUGACACGCCGGUGGAGUCUGCCAACAUCAGCCCGGUGCCCCACAUUGACCUGCGGACACUCGUUGAUCGGACCCGGAUUCUGCACGGAACCUGUGUGGGCCUCCCGGACACUUCAAGCACGGAGAGCCAGGUGGUGCUGAAGGACAGCGCCACGGAGAGCGUGAGCGUCGACGAGGAGAAGGGAGACAAGAGCCAAUCCGAGCCAAAGGUAGAGGCUGCGCUCUCGGAUGUCACAGGUAAAGCAGGAAGUGAUGAGAACGAAGAGGAGCCCGGGACGAAGGCUGUGUCCACUUCACCUGGGGGGCGCUUCCUCAAGUUUGACAUUGAGCUGGGGAGAGGGUCCUUCAAGACCGUCUAUAAAGGUCUGGACACCGACACCUGGGUCGAAGUGGCAUGGUGUGAACUCCAGGAACGGAAACUGUCCAAAGCUGAGAGACAGAGGUUCAAAGAGGAGGCAGAGAUGUUGAAGGCUCUCCAGCAUCCCAACAUCGUGCGAUUUUAUGACUUCUGGGAAUCACCCGUUAAAGGGAAGAAGUGUAUCGUUCUGGUGACAGAGCUAAUGACCUCAGGGACACUAAAGACGUAUCUGAAGCGUUUUAAGGUGAUGAAGCCUAAAGUUCUUCGUAGCUGGUGCAGGCAGAUUCUCAAAGGCCUCCACUUCCUCCACACAAGGACUCCUCCAAUCAUCCACAGAGAUCUCAAGUGUGACAACAUCUUCAUCACUGGUCCCACAGGCUCUGUCAAAAUAGGAGACCUGGGCCUGGCAACACUGAAGAGGGCCUCCUUUGCUAAAAGUGUUAUCGGCACUCCAGAGUUCAUGGCCCCAGAGAUGUACGAGGAGCACUAUGAUGAGUCUGUGGAUGUCUACGCCUUUGGGAUGUGUAUGCUGGAGAUGGCCACCUCUGAAUAUCCCUACUCUGAGUGUCAAAAUGCUGCUCAGAUCUACCGUAAAGUCACCAGUGGGGUGAAACCUGCCAGCUACAGCAAAGUCAGUGACCCAGAAAUUAAGGAAAUAAUUGGGGAAUGUAUCUGCCACAGAUGGGAAGAAAGGUACUCCAUCAAGGACCUCCUGAAUCAUGCCUUCUUUGCUGAGGAUACAGGUGUGAGGGUGGAGCUCAAUGAAGAAGAUGAUGGGAAGAAAUCAUCCAUUGCUCUGAAGCUGUGGGUUGAGGAUACUAAAAAGCUGAAGGGGAAGUACAAGGACACUGGUGCCAUUGAAUUUUCCUUUGACUUGGUGAAUGAGGUACCAGAGGUUGUUGCACAAGAAAUGGUGGAAUCAGGUUUUUUCCUGGACUGUGAUGUGAAGGUAGUGGGGAAGUCCAUCCGGGACCGUGUGGCUCUCAUUAAAUGGAAGAGGGAGCGAACGGUCUCGUCAGGAAAUGGCGAGGCAGCUGUGAAGAAGCCGCAGCAGAACCUACUGCAGGUGCCCGGUACUGUUGUACCACAGGCACCCACAUUAGCUAUGACAGAUUAUGAGGACCAAGAGGUGGAGCAGCAGACCCUGAUCUGCACUGUGCCAGCCACCACGUCUGCCCCAUCUGACAGCGGAGUGAGCUCUACCAUGCAAUUAGAUGAUCUAAGCAAUCAGCAAAAUGGCGCCUACCAGUCACCUUCAGAGCCCAUUUCCACAGCUCAAGUGAUCUACAGUCCUCCUGCACAGGUUGACCCUCAGCUGCACCAGGGGCCCUACCAGCAAACCACAGCACAGGCCUCUCAUGAAAACUACACACAAACAUCCACUCAAUUAAAUCAGGGAGCCUACCAGCAAACCACAGGUCAGCUGCAUCCUGGGGCCUACCAUCAACCUGCAGCACAACUGCACCAGGGGUCUUAUCAGUCUCAAACACGUCACCACAGUGAUCCCUUUGUAUGUCAUGACCUGUUCAACACUGAGAGCACAGUGUGUUUUAGGCGUGGAAGCGCCCCCCUGGUUGAAGCGUUACGAUGUAGGAAACACUAUCUCACUAAGACUAUGAAUAAAAGCCCCAGUCUGUGUCCGUCAAAGGAUUGGGCUUCAACAAAAAGCACAGAAAACUCAGCGCAUGCCACAGACUUCCUGUCCUCUAACUCUGCCCAGAAUCCAUCAUUAUUAUCUCCUCUCUUACCCCCACAUCAACACUCUCAUCAUGACUCAGCAAGUAAUUUCAAUUCACCUCUCCUUCCCCUGAAUUUACAACCUCCCUCAGAGCUCUGUCUGAGCGUCCCACGCAGUCCACAGCCCCACCGCCACUGCAAGGCUUGCAUGUCUGUCCUCCUGAGGGAUAAGUCAAAGGCAGGUGCAUCUCUGGGACACAUGCAUACAUCUGCCAGAAAGUUAACUUCAGUCUCGAAGCCAGGCUCACCCACAUUUCCUCAUCUGGCAAGUUCUCCUCCAGUCACUCUUCCUUUUCUUUUGGCCUCACCCACUUCCCCAUCAUCAAACAGUCAACCAACCCUGGUGACUUCCCCUUCACAUAUUUCCCCACCCUCACAAGUUGUGCUUCCACGGAGUUUGUAUGAAGGUGGAGAUCUCACUCUUCUCAACCACUGUCUCCAUCACAUCGUCGGUCGCAAGACCAGUUCCCCCACCCUCUCUGCUAAUCAUCCAAUGCACAGGCAGGGGGAGGUUGGGGGUACUACCUCCUCAGUAGUUGAGCAUAUAGACAAGAGGCUGAGUCUUGAUGUCCCACUCUUCUCUCGCCCAAAUCUGGACUGGAAUCGGCUGUUAUCAGCACUGACAGCCAGUGAAGGCAGACCAGAUCCACUGACAGAGUCUGCUCCAGCUACACCAGCCCCUAUUGUGCACCAGAGUAGACAGACAGCACAGAGCUUCCCAGCUGCAGACCCCACUCUACAGCCACAGCUUACUGCCCAACCCAGCCAGGAAGAGUGCCAUCUCCAACCAGCUGCUGUCCUUUCCCAGCUGUUAUCUGCUGACCAGCCUACCUCUCACCUGAGUCCUCCUGACAUAUCUACCAGUUUUCCACAGUCAGUGUCCAGUAGGCCUACUCCUCCCCCUCUCCUGCCCCUGCAGAUCAGCACACAGUUUCCCUCACCAUAUCCUGUUCAAAUAGGGGGCCUCACACCCUCUCCCUUCCCCUCAUCUCCUCUGCCAUGUGCUUACAGCAGCAGUGGCCCUUUUAUGUCUAGCUCCCACUACUCACCUUCACCCCACCAUCCUUCCCUUCCUCUGACCCUUAAUGCCACCCUGGCCUCUAUACCCACUCUCAGCACCCCUCAGACCCCUUUGUCCACACCUCAGCACGUGCCCAAUGUGGCACUCCCUAUGCCACUUUUUGCCAUGGCCAUGUCUCCUGCAGUGCCACAGCAGGGCGGUCCUUUCACAUGUCAGACAAACCUUGGUAGCUUCCAUACCACCCAUCCCUUAACUCUCUCCCAGGUACCACCCACCCCAUACCCCGCCCCCUACCCUGAGCAGGAAUUGGCUCAGCCACCUGUCCAGGUACAGAUGAUUGCACCACAGGAUAAUUUGGGAGAUGUUCACCUUUUGGCUCAGGUCCACUCUGUCUUGCCUGCUGUUCAGACUCCUCUCUGGGGAAGCGGAUUAGAUGCAGAAACUUCUGCAGCUGGCCGAGACUUAAAUGUAGCUCCUACAGUUCAAGCUCCAGCCUCAAUCUCAGCUACAGCCCAAUUUGAAACUCAAGCCCCAGCACAAAACCAACCACCGCUUUCAGUAUCAGCUCAAGCUGGAGUCAUGCCUCAAACUCCAGCUUCAACAUUUAUUAAUGCCCCGACUUCAGUCCCAAUACAAGUUCCAACGGCAGUGCACACCACUGCCUCAGCCCCAGUUCAAACACCAGUCUCUGCAUCAGGUCUCACUUUUGAAUCAGCAAAAGGCUCAUCUACAAGCUCAGAAACAUCUGUCCCAGGUUUAGGCUCUGCUCUCAUCCCUGUCACGCUGCCAGCCACAGCUCCUGUUGCAGCUCCAGUUCUGCAGCCUGCUGGCAUCCAGACAGUAGUCUCAGUGUCUGAGUGUCCCAGCACGGCCACAACUCAGCAAAACUUUGAGUCGACAUCUGCAUCUAGCACCCUUCAACAAGAGCCCUGUGUAGAGGAUGUGCUUCAGGAUAAACCCGUAUUCUUUCCUAAUUAUGCCUAUGACAGUCUCAACUCUGAUGUGGCAUCUGGUAAGGAAACAAGUGACGGCUAUGACAGCUUGGCUAGUGGAGGGAAGGGGGACGGAAAACCCAGGAAACACCACCGCAAGUCUGCUCGCACUCGCUCCCGGCAAGAAAGGACCAGCAAACCCAAACUGAGCAUGCUCAAUGUUUGCAACACUGGUGAUAAAAUGGUCGAAUGCCAGCUGGAGACUCACAAUCACAAAAUGGUGACAUUUAAAUUUGAUCUGGAUGGAGAUGCUCCAGAGGAAAUUACCACUUACAUGGUAGAGAAUGGGUUUAUCCUACUGUUAGAGAAGGAGAUCUUCAUUGACCAGCUAAAGGACAUUGUGGAUAAAGCUGAAGACAUGCUGAAUGAAGACAUGGAGGGUGAAAGGGCCUCCGCCUUGAGUUGUAGUCCUGAACAAGGCCAGAUUUUUGAGGGCCUGGUAGGAGAGAGUCAGCAGCCUGGAGCACCUCAGCCUGUCUAUCAGCAGAAUGUUCUUCAUACAGGAAAGAGAUGGUUCAUAAUCUGCCCCGUAGAGGAGACGCCCACAUCCAGCCAGGAGACCCCAUCUGAUGGUACAGCUACACAGUCUCCGGGGAGUUCAGCCACUACCCAGCCUCUUGACAGUGGCACUGCAAGGCCUUCUGCAUCCAGAGAACAGGGGUCGUCCUCCACAAUGUCUGGUGGAAGUGGAGGCUUCACAUAUGAUAUGUAUGGAUUCUGUAGCCCUCCAAUAAUGUCCAACACAGACCCUCUCCUCUUAGCUACUCUGUCUCCCCCUGUGUCUGCUCCCCCGACUCUUCAGUCAGUGACAUCACUGGAGCCUGUGGACAGCUCUGUGCAGCCCAGUGUCCAUCAUGCCCAGCCAGCCAGAGCUCAAACUUUGCCCCCGUCAUCCCCACACACGUCUUUCCCAGUGGAUGAGUCACAGGGUUCCCCUUUGGGCUCCAUCUCCCCGACCCAUGCAGCUCAGCAGAUUCCCGACAUGACAUUUCCUGUUUCUACGGCUGACGAGGUGCCCUGCUGCCCUCUGGUCAUGCCCUUGUCUCUGGAUGUUAGCGGUUUACAGGGUGGGCCUCCUCUCACUCCUCUUCCACUCCAGGAGCAAGUUCCAGCCAAAGAGCCACUCUCUGUCUCCUAUGCCUCUGCAGCACGCAGCGAGCGCCCACAGCAGCCUGUGGUGCUGCACCAACCUUUUUCCAGCGUGGGAGGGACCAAAGUAUCCUCACUACCCCAGAGCCCAGCGCUAUCCCAGCCCGCCACAGGGCCCGCUGAGUCAGACAGCGAAGGACGACUGGGCCGAGGGGGCUUUGUGGACAGCACCAUAAAAACACUAGAUGAGAAACUAAGGAACUUGCUCUACCAGGAAUAUGCUCCCAUGUAUCCAUCAGGCAGUGCUGCAGAGACACCAGGCUGUGGCACAGAGUACAUCCAGUCUCCUCCUGGUCCAGACAGCGCCACAGGAGGGUCAGGAAACAGCACACCAGGGCCGAUGGGAGAGGGACGCUACAGGGCAGGAGAACAGCUGCCUCAAAUUCCAGAGAGAAUGGAUAGUUUAAGCACACUGAGUGACUCAGCCGUGUGUGCUUCCCUGUCAAGAAAACAUGUCCCUCACUCUGCUUCCUGCUCUGGAACAAGAGGCCGCUUUAAGAUAAUCGCUGUUCCUCCUGAAGUGGCCAACAGACAAGAUGUGAAGCAGAGGAGCUGGAGCAGUGCUGCCUCACCGGCACACCCUGGAGGAUACAGCGAGGACCACGUCCAGGCUGAGGCCAUGACUGCCUCCACCACAAUUGGUCGUUUCUCUGUGGUUAGCACUGAAGAUGACAUUACACAGAGGACACGUUGCAGCCGCUACUCUGCCCCGCCUGAUUUCUACCUGGACACACCUCCGUCCAUGGCCAAGCGGGGCUCCCUGCCUCGCGCCCUGACCUCCAACUCUGUCGCUGUGGAUGUCACAGUUCAUGCUCGGUUCCUCUCCUCAGACUCGGGGGCUGAGAGCAGCCCUGCAAAGCUGGCUCCUGCCACCCCGUCUCAACAUACUCGCUCUGAGCGCAGAGGAAGUGACCUCAUGAAGAGGGCUGUGGCCUUCCUCCGUCGUUCAGGGCGCAGCAGCAGUGUGCAGAGCUCUGACUCACCAAGUAGGCAUGGAGGCGUGCAUGGCUCGGCCUAUGCCAGCAGUGAUAAUGACUCAGAGAUGGAGGACUCGGACAUGAAGAGGGAACUACAGAGACUCAGGGAGAAACAUCUGAGGGAGAUCUCUGAGCUGCAGGCCCAUCAGCGGGGGGAAGUGGAGCUACUGUAUCGCCGGCUUGGCAAAGCCCCGCCUAUGGGCCUGGGUCUCUCACAUGUUGCACCACAUGCUGGCCGUAGGAAGAGGUCCAGCAAGCACAGGCUGAAGCCUGGCAAACUUCUCAGCCCUCUGGUUCAACAAUUUAGGAAUGUCACAACCAAGACUAGUGACUCCAGCAGAUCAAGUGCCGCUACAGGUACAAGUGAGCCCACAGUGAGUUUAAAUGGCUCUCCAGCCAAAGGGUCUGUCCCUACUCACGGCAGGGCACGGUCAUGCACCAGCCACCUUCCCAGCUCAACCUCAGAGCCUGUGCAGACUCAGCAGCCCUGUUCCCUCAAGGGCUCUUUGUCUUCUGAUAAUAUUUACGCUGGACUACACAGAGACGGCACCGGCACACAAGUUCCACCAGGACAAGGCUGGUCUAAUUACCCUCAAACAUCUGAGAGAGUGACCUAUAAAUCGAGUAGCAAGCCACGAGCUAGAUUUCUCAGUGGGCCUGUGUCUUUGUCUAUCUGGUCAACACUGAAGCGACUGUGUCUCGGCAAAGAUCGUAGCAACAGGUCUGGAGCCGGGCCAGGGGCUUUCAAUCAAUCACAGCAGCCGCCUACCGGUGCCACACCUCCUUCUCAUCAGCCAGUAAUGGGACUGGCCCAAGCUCAAGCCAAUAACAGCAACAACAAGACAAGCUCAUACACUGGCUCAUCCAUGAGUGCCAAUGAAAACAACCUGCCUGAAGACUUCCAGCGGCUGAUGGAGGACUGGGCCCAGGAGGUUCUUAUCGUCACCCACAGGCCGCGCACUAACUCUCUGAGCAUCAGUGGGCAGCAGCUUUGGAAUCAGGUUGUGCCUCGAACACGUGGACAGCUGACUAGUGCCUCAGAUGUAUCAUGGACAGCUCAAGGUCCAGAGGCCUGCAGUCUUCCCCUGUCUUGGCCUGAUAGCCCUGGGUCAACAAUGAUGACCAACCCCUCCACAUGGCCCCAUCCCAGUUAUCCUGCUCCAUUCAGGGCCUUGUCCUCACCUCUCUCUGUUAGCCACUGGCCUGGGUUGCUAUUCCCACUUCCUUCAGGAGUCUUUGCCUUUCCUGCUGUGCCCUCAGCCCAGGACGCCCCCAGCCCUGGUCCAGUUCCAUCAUGUCAGCCGCCUGACCCCAAAGCCAGGACUCUCUAACCUGAGUAGCAUUGUGUCUUCCAAUUCCAUUACCAAAAAAGAAAUGUCCUUAUAGUUCUAGUCAAUAUUAUGUGCAUAUGCUGUAUACAUUUAACCAGCAUGUAUUUAUUUAUAUGUACAUACCCGUGUCCAUUCUUGAGUUUUGUUAUUUGUUUAAAUUGCAUCAACAUACCUCAUGUCCAUAUUACAGUACAUAAUCCUUGAGUGCAGUGUAAUGGUAGUAGUACAUUAAAAGAUGUAUAAUUACCCCAA